AUGUCUGCAACAGAAACGAGUGAUAGUAGCUGGGGCGCUCCUGCUAAUGUCUCCGAAUGGAACACCGAAACUGCCCCAGAACAGAAUAUAGACGGGCAGGGCAAUGAACAAGACGUGCAGAAUGCUGACAAUAGCAAACAGAAUCCCGAUGGAUGGGGACCAAGCACUCAGAAUCCCGAUAAUGCGGAUGGAUGGGGUGAUGGCAAAGAAAAGAGCACUCAGAAACUUGAGAAUUCGGACGAAUGGGGAGAUAGUAAAGAAACAAGCACUCAGAAACUUGAGAAUUCGGACGAAUGGGGAGAUAGUAAAGAAACAAACACUCAGAAUGCGGAUGAUAAAAAAGAAACAAACGCUCAGAAUGCGGAUGAUAAAAAAGAAACAGGCGCUCAGAAUGCGGAUGGAUGGGGUGAUAAGAAAGAAACAGGCGCCCAGAAUGCGGAUGGAUGGGGUGAUAAGAAAGAAACAGGCGCUCAGAAUGCGGAUGGAUGGGGCGAUACUAGAGAAACAAGCACUCAGAAUGCGGAUGGAUGGGGUGAUAAUAAAGAAACAGGCGCUCAGAAUACGGGUGGAUGGGGUGAUAAUAAAGAAACAGGCGCUCAGAAUGCGGAUGGAUGGGGCGAUACUAGAGAAACAAGCACUCAGAAUGCGGGUGGAUGGGGAUCUAAUAACGAAACAGGUCAGGGUAUUAAUUGGAAUGAUAAUUCAGAAAUCGCCAAUAGUGGCGAGUACGCUGUGGAUGCGUGGAAUAAAGACGUUGCUGAAAAACAGUGGGGUAGAAGCAGCCACGAGAGGGGUGGCAGAGGAAGGAGAAAUCCACGAGGAGACCGCGGAGAUCGUGGAGACCAUGGAGAUUUUAGGCAGCGUCACGAUGAACGGGACAAAUACAAAAGUUCAGAAGGGCCCCGAGAAAAGUUUGGCAGACAAACUAUGGAGGAUCGUCGUGGACAUGGACGGAGAGGGUCAUACUCGCGCGGUGGAGGAGGAUCGAAUAAAGGGAAAGAUCAUACGUCUACCGAAAAUGAUAAUACCAUAGAAGAAUCAAGCACUGAGAAUACUCGACUUUUUUGUAAACCAGGUGGACUGUACGACAGUGUUCAUGCUCCGCCAUAUGUAAACAAGGACCGUGUGCUAUCUGGUGGGACCAGAGAGAAACCGGAUGAGAGCGAAGUAGAUGAACGUAUGAAAAAAAUUAAAGAGCGAAACGAAAAGCUACUUGAGAAGAGGAAGGCAAAACAGGAAGAAGAGGAAUUUAAGAAAGCAGAAGAAGAAAGGAAGAAAAAAGAAUUACAAGAUAUAGAAGCUCAGAGAUUGAAACAACAAGAAGAUGAGGAGGAGCAAGAGCGAAGAGAUUUUCAACAAAGGCGACUGCAAGACUCGGAACGCGAAAUCAAUGCGCAGCGUAAGAAUCAGCACCGCGAUAAUCGUGAAUGGGACAAAGAAAAGCAGGAAUCCGAAUGGAGCCAUAAGCCCUACACGGAUUAUUCUCCGUCAUCCCCUAAAUCCUACAAUCGAUCCGUCGGGGGGAGAAUGGGGGGGAGAAGAGAUGACUCUGGGAAAGGAGACUGGCAGGAUAAGCAAGAAAGUGGGAUUGAAAAGUGGGGUGGAAGUUGGGAUAAUAAUACAACGAUCGAUACGACGGCCGAUUGGUCAAAUGUGACUGGUUCCACGAAAGGCGAGUUUUGUUUUUUUGAAAUCUUGGCAAGAUUUGGAGGCAUAUGGAGGAAUAGGAAAUGGUGUGGCGUACAUAUUCCCCUUCCUUAUAUAUUGCUUAUACGCAAUAAGCCGUGGGGAGAAAGCGAUAGGGAUGAGACUCCAGGCGCGGACCUGCCUAGCCCUCUCGAGGCCUUCGCUCCUAAAAACUUUGAUAGUGUAGAGCAGAGUGUUAAUAAUGGGGAUUCGAAACCCAGUAAAGCAUCUGGACAAGCAGCUGGUUGGGCCGAUCGAAUGGAGGCCGCCGAUAAAGCUUCUGCGGAAAGGCAGAAAAAAGCCGAUAAUGAUUGGAAAAAAGAUGCAACCUGGGAUUCUGGCAAAAGAUUUGAUGCCACCUACCAAGCAACUGGCGAGUGGGGUGGAGCUUCUAGUCAAAACGAGGGUAAUUAUCUCGUGUCAAGUGAAAAAAGUGAAUAUUGA